AUGACAUCCCUACCAACUGAGCCUGUUACGUUGGCUGUCAUCGGCUGUGGUCAGAGAGGGACUAACUAUGCUAAAUAUGCCCUUGAUCACCCGAAGAACUGCAAGGUAGUCGCUAUUGCAGAACCAAGGCCAAAUACUCGCGAUAUAUUUGCACAUAAUCACAAGCUCGAUCGGACCCUUGUGUUCAAUGAUUGGCAGGAGCUCUUGAAGGCUUCCGCCGAUACCAUUCAAACUAUCGGGAAGCGUCUUGCAGACGCAGUAAUAGUUGCGGUGCAAGACUACAUGCAUUGUGAAGUGGUGUCGGCAUUCGCAGCCCAGGGUUACCACAUACUUUGCGAGAAGCCCAUGGCUACAAAUCUACAAGAUUGCCUUGAAAUGGAGAAGGCAGUUAAGAACGCUGGUAUUAUUUAUGGAUGUGGUCACGUCUUACGCUACUCCCCUUACAGCAAGGCCAUCACCGAAGUGGUCCGUUCAGGACAGUUGGGCGAGCUGAUAAAUGUAGUUCAUAUCGAGCCCAUUGGUUACUUUCACUUUGCCCACUCUUAUGUUCGCGGCCAUUGGAAGAAAGAAUCUGAGAGUUCUUUUUCUCUCAUGACCAAGAGCUGCCAUGAUGUAGACAUCCUCUGUCACUGGCUUUCCCCUGCGAUUCCGACACGAGUCUCCUCGUUCGGCUCUUUACAACACUUUCGCAAGGAAAAGAAGCCUCCUGCAGCAGGUGCUGCAACUCGCUGCUUAGAAUGUUCAAUAGAACAAGAUUGCCCAUACAGUGCAAAGAAAAUAUACCUGGAACCUGUUUCCCGCGGAGACACCCACUGGCCAGUCAGCACUAUUGUGGAUGGAAUACCAGACAUAGAAAAUAUCGUCGAUGCUCUGCGCAAUGGUCCUUACGGACAAUGUGUGUACGAAAGCGAAAAUGAUGUCUGUGAUCAUCAGGUUGUGAAUAUCGAAUAUUCAUCAGGAGCCACCGUCUCAUUUACGAUGGUAGCAUACACCUCCUUGAUUUGCGAACGUCAGACACGAUUGCACUUCACGCACGGGGAGAUAGUUGGCGAUAUGAAUAAUUUUACUGUCACCGACUUCCGCACGGGUCAUAAGACAAUGCACCACCCGAAGAAUGAAGGUGGUGGCCACGGAGGCGGAGACUUGGGUCUUAUUCGUACUUUUGUCGAGGCUGUGCGCACGAACAAUCAAGAGCUACUGGGGACUGAUGUCUCUGAGGUGCUCAAGAGUCAUCUCACCAUAUUUGCCGCCGAGACAAGCAGGAGAAAAGGCACAGUGAUUGAUUGUGCGAAAUUCGAGAAAGCUAUCAGAGCAGAGUUGGAAAUGAAAUAA